GCUGUUGUUGCUCAACGGUUCCGGUCUCUUUGCUACUCCUCGGUUUCUCUCGGUACCAACGUGGGGAGGACUUCUUAAAAGUGGACAAAAUGGACUAAACAGACUAUGACUGUUAUUUCUCACAUGGCAGGGCGGCGGAAGAAUGAUUUAUGUCAUCGUUACAGGAGUGGAAUAAACCCGUGUCCUCGGCUUCAGCAGAACAGGGAAAGAAGAGUGGAUGUGAGCAGUGAGCGCCAUGGAGGCUGUGUUUCACUCUCUCUUCAGCACAGCUGGCCAGCUGCCUUUUUUACUUCUGACCCUCCUUACAUCGUGGACAGUCUUGUGUUCGGGAGAUAUAAAGCAGACAAGAUGGCCAUUAUAUUCCCAGAAGCCAGUUCUUCUCGCCUGGAACGCCCCGACACAGGACUGUGUGCCUCGACAUCGCGUCACUUUGUCUUUGGAGCAGUUUGACAUUGUGGCAUACCCCACUGAGGGCUUUGUCCGACAAAAUCUCACAAUUUUCUACAAGGAACGCCUUGGCCUGUAUCCCUAUUAUCAGCAUGAUGGCACUGCGGUGAAUGGAGGUCUUCCACAACUGGCCAGCCUCAGCCAGCAUUAUAAAAAGAUGCCCGAAGGUCUCGACAAAUACAUACGAGAGCCACAAGCAAAAGGUUUGGCCGUUAUCGAUUGGGAGGAGUGGCGCCCAUUGUGGAUCCGAAAUUGGGCACCGAAAGAUAUCUAUCGAAAUAAGUCCUGUGAAAUUUUGGCCAAAAAGAACCCUAACUGGACCGCGGAACAUGUGAAAAAAGUUGCAGAGCAAGAAUUUGAGUUAUCGGCUAAAACCUUCAUGCUGGAGACUCUGAAACUUGCCAAAAACCUGAGGCCCAAUCAACUUUGGGGCUUCUACCUGUUUCCAGACUGUUACAACCAUGACUACAGGAAGGGCCUGACCAAAUACACAGGCCACUGUCCUCCUGCAGAGAUAACUCGAAAUAAUCAGCUUAACUGGCUGUGGAAGGAAUGUACAGCACUUUUCCCUUCGAUAUACAUGGACUUUGCACUACACUCUACGAAGUAUGGACGCCUCUUUGUCCGAAACCGGGUGAAGGAGGCGAUGCGCCUGGCGUCUGUUGGAGAUGGACUGGCACGUCCUGUUUUUGUGUACACCCGACCUUUUUACCUCAGUCAGAUGACCCUCCUAACUGAGACUGAUUUGGUCUCCACCAUAGGUGAGAGUGUUGCACUUGGAGCUGCAGGUGUUAUCUUCUGGGGGGACACGUCCUACGCCAACAGCAAUGCCAGCUGCUCCACUCUCAACAAUUAUCUGCAGGGACCGCUGGGCCCGUACCUGCUCAACGUGUCGACAGCAGCAAAGCAGUGUAGCCAGAUUCUUUGUAAAUCCCACGGCCGCUGUCUUCGCAGAGAACCAGACACCGAUGCGUUCCUGCAUCUCAACCCCUCCACGCACAAGAUAACCAGUCAGAGCGGUCAGCUGAAAGUCGUGGGAGCGCCUGGCAAGGCUGAACUGACUGUUUUCCACACACACUUCCAGUGCCAAUGCUACAGUGGGUACAGGGGUGAUGGCUGUGCUCAGAAAGAAAAAGGGCAAAAUACAGCCUCCUCUGUCUUAGGGACCUGGCCUCUUUGCCUUUUACUCCCGCUCGGACUCCUCAGUCUGCUACACUGAGGAACCAGGAAGCCCCAAAUAUUUGUGGCGUCUUCCAGGAAAAAACUGUUCAGACUUUUUGACAUGAAGUUACCAAAAAUAUACUGAGAGCAGCUGGCAGUCCGGUACGGAAACAGAGAUCUCCAAUUGUGGCAGGAGUUUUUUUAUUUGUUUGUUUUUGUUUUUUUCUUCUUCUUUUUAUAUCUAGACCAAAUCUGUCCACCAAUGUUUCAACUUUUAAAAUUUUGACAAAAACAUACAGUGAAUAUGGUGAAUAGUUUUUAAAGACGUUAAAAAAAAAUUAUUUAUUUUUUUAUGAUGGGCUCAACAAUAGACCAACACAAAAGAAAUGACAGUAUAAAGGUUUCCUUGAUGUCCAGUUGCAUUAAGUUGCAUCACAACAAAACAAUCGUUUUAGGUCUUCGCCUUGUUCAUCCAGGAUUUAAUGCAUAAAUGCAAUAUGUCUCAAACUGUUAGGUAGCCGCCCAAGUCGUGCCUUUGCAGGCUACAAAGUGCUCUUUCUGAAAUGUUGCCUUUCUUCAGCUCAGUGCUUUAAAUUAACAUUUACUCCAGAAUGCCUACUAGUAUGUCCUUUGAAGACAGUGUGGACUAAACAAUAAAUACCAACAGAAACCUUGUUAUUAAUUGACAAUAAUAUUAUUCUCUAAUUUUAAACAGAUAUUACUGUAAAAGCAAGUCAUGUGAGAAAUAACUAGAAGUAGCCUUUAAAAAGAAAAAAUACUUAAACAGUGUGUGGUUAUAUUUAAAUUUGUUGCUGAUAUAUUGGACCUUUUAGUACAGAAAUGUCUUAACUGGUAUUUGAAAAUAUGAUUAUGUUAAAAAUAUAUAUACCAGCUGGAUGAAAAGUCUAAUGUCAACAUCAGCCUAAGAAAUCAAGUAUUGGUUGGUCCUGUACAUAAUACUUGUUUUUUCAGCACAGUCCUGCUGGUGGCGCUGUGUUCAUAGCAACAACUAUGUUCACCUUAAGGUUACUUUAUUUCUGACACAUUUGCUGAGCAGUUUUAUAUUUAUACAGUAAAUUUUAGAUUUAGUGACCAAAGAUGAGUGAUGUUAGUUGGUAGGUUGUGCUGGUUUUUGGAAAACUGGAAAUUGCACCGGUACAGUUGCAAUAGCAUGUUAUACGGUACAUGUAUGUUUGAUACAAAUUUUAUAUUUUUGCACUUUACUUCUUUUCUGUUGAGGUGGAUUGUGCUUCAGUACACGUUGCCUGUGAGGGGAGGAAUUAUGUUAUGUUUCCAGGACACACAACCUUUAAGGCUGUACAGCAUUUCUGAUGUAUGUCUGUGAAGUUUCUCAGUCAUCCAGGUCAUGGUAAUCCAAAAGGCAUCACUUUGUGCUGUUUGUUCAUUUCUCAACUGUCUUUAGAUCAAAUCCUCCACCUCAGGCAGCUUUGUUUCAGUCUUACUUAGUAUUAAAAAAGUCUUAAGAAAUUUCAAAGUCUUAUUUUGCGCAAACGGUGCCAUUGUUUCAAAUCAAAUCUUACUGAAUGGUUGUGUUUUUAACAUGUUUUAUGUUGUAAUAACUUCAUUAUUAAAGUGACAUUUUUUGAGUCA